UCUGCAUUCUCAUCAACGAUUACAGCACAGCAAAGUUAUGCAGCAGGUUAAUUCUGACUCUACAUAUAUAUCCGAGACACAAGGUGUCAAGCUAAAGAACAGUGGGAGAAGUAGAGAGAGAGUAUCCCUACCAUUAAUAAGAACUCGUAGGGCAGCCAACCGCCAUCCACUCUUCCCCCAGUAUAAUUACCAGGUUCAGGUGGCUGAAAAUCAGCCCCCUGGGACUCCUGUUUUAACCAUGACAGCACAAGAUCCUGAUGUAGGGGAAUCUGGAAGGCUUGUAUAUACCAUGGAUGCUCUGAUGAACAGUAAGUCUUUGGAUAUGUUUGAUAUAGAUUCAGUGACAGGAUUAAUUUCUACUAUAGAAAUACUAGACAGGGAAAGUAUGGGCCUUCAUUAUUUUAGAGUCACUGCUAUAGACCAUGGCACACCUAGACUUUCAGCUACCACUAUGGUUUCCAUUACAGUCACAGAUAAAAAUGACCACAGCCCAGUCUUUGAGCAAACAGAAUACAAAGAAAGUAUUAGAGAAAAUGUGGAAGAGGGUUACCCUAUUUUGCAACUACGAGCUACAGAUAUUGAUUCCCAAGCCAAUGCAAAUAUCAGGUAUCGUUUUGUUAAUGAACAAGCAGCACACUCAGUAUUUGAAAUAGACUCUCGCUCUGGUUUGAUUACCACCAGUGGACAGGUAGACAGAGAGAAAAGAGAGAAGUAUUCUUUGAUUGUUGAGGCCAGUGACCAAGGUAAAGACCCUGGCCCUAGGUCAUCUACUGUUAAAGUCGAUAUAACAGUUCUUGAUGAAAAUGACAAUGUACCCCAGUUUAGUGAGAAACGCUACAUAGUUCAGGUAAGAGAAGAUAUUAGACCACACACAGAGAUGUUAAGGGUCACAGCAACUGACCUUGAUAAGGAGAACAAUGCUUUAGUCCAUUAUAAUAUCAUAAGUGGUAACAGCAGAGGACAGUUUUCAAUUGACAGUAUGACUGGGGAGGUACAGGUAGUUGCACCCUUGGAUUUUGAGACAGAAAGGGAGUAUUCACUAAGAGUUCGGGCUCAGGACUCAGGGCGUCCUCCACAGUCAAACAAUACAGGCAUGAUAAGUAUUCAAGUUAUCGACAUUAAUGACCAUGCACCUAUUUUUGUUAGUACCCCGUUCCAAGUGCCUGUACUUGAAAAUGCACCUCUUGGUCAUUCAGUGAUUCAUAUCCAAGCAGUAGAUGCAGAUUAUGGAGAAAACUCACGCAUGGAAUACAAGUUAACUGGAGUGUCUGCAGAUACUCCUUUUGUCAUCAACAGUGCUACUGGUUGGAUCACAAUAAGUGGCCCCUUGGACAGGGAAACUGUGGAGCAAUAUGUUUUUGGGGUGGAAGCUCGAGAUCAUGGCAAUCCACCAUUAUCUGCCUCUGCCAGUGUUACUAUUACUGUUAUGGAUGUCAAUGAUAAUCGCCCAGAGUUUACCCAAAAGGAGUAUUUUAUCCGUUUAAAUGAGGAUGCCAGUGUAGGAACUAGUGUGUUAACUGUAACUGCCAUAGACAGAGAUGUGAACAGUGCUAUAACAUACCAGAUUACUGGAGGAAAUACACGAAACCGGUUUUCCAUUAGUACCCAGGGGGGAUCAGGGUUAAUCACUCUCUCUUUGCCCCUUGACUACAAGCAGGAAAGACGCUAUGUUUUAACAGUGACUGCUUCUGAUCGGGUUCUUAUUGACAGUUGUUAUGUUCAUAUCAAUAUCACUGAUGCCAACACUCAUAGACCAGUAUUUCAAAGUGCACACUACCCUGUUGAUAUCAAUGAGGAUCGUCCUGUUGGAAGCACAGUAAUGGUUAUCAGUGCAUCAGAUGAUGACGUUGGAGAGAAUGCUCGUAUUACAUAUUCUCUGGAGGAUAAUAUCCCUCAGUUUCGCAUAGACCCAGAUACUGGAGCCAUUACACUCCAAGCAUCUCUGGACUAUGAGGAUCAGAUGACUUACUCUAUUGCUGUUAUUGCAAAAGACAAUGGUUUACCACAAAAAUCUGAUACAACUUAUGUAGAAAUCAUUGUAAAGGAUGUUAACGAUAAUGCCCCACAGUUUGUAAACACGCAAUAUCAGGCAAUAGUUUCAGAAGAUGCCCCUGCAUAUACCAGUGUUCUCCAGAUUUCAGCUGUUGACCGAGAUUCACAUGUUAACGGAAGAGUGCAAUACACUUUUCAGAAUGGGGAUGAUGGCGAGGGUGACUUCACAAUUGAGCAAACAUCAGGCAUAAUUCGUACAGUUCGAAAAUUGGACAGGGAAAGUGUUCCAUUUUAUGAGUUGACAGCAUAUGCUGUAGAUAGAGGUGUUCCUCCACUGCGAAGUCCAGUACGUAUUCAAGUAGCUGUUCAAGAUGUUAAUGAUAAUGCACCAGUUUUUCCAGCAGAUGAGUUUGAAGUUUUUGUGAAAGAGAAUAGCAUUGUAGGGUCGGUUGUGGCUAAGAUUAAAGCCAUUGAUCCAGAUGAAGGCCCCAAUGCACAAAUAAUGUAUCAGAUAGUUGAAGGUAACAUACCUGAGAUAUUUCAAAUGGAUGUAUACUCUGGAGAGCUCACUGCCCUUAUAGAUCUAGAUUAUGAGACAAAAGCGGAGUAUGUAAUAGUAGUCCAGGCAACCUCUGCUCCCCUUGUUAGUCGAGCAACUGUCCAUAUCAAACUUAUUGACCAAAAUGACAAUAGCCCUGUCCUAAAGAACUUUCAGAUACUCUUCAACAAUUAUAUCUCCAACAAUUCCAACACCUUUCCUUCUGGCGUUAUUGGAAAGAUACCAGCCUAUGAUCCAGAUGUUUCUGAUAGACUCUACUACAAUUUUGAACGUGGAAAUGAGUUAAACUUGUUGAUAGUAAAUCAUUCCAGUGGAGAACUGAGGCUAAGCAGGAAGCUGGACAACAACCGCCCUUUGGUCGCUUCAAUGCUGGUCACAGUGACAGAUGGAAUUCACAGUGUGACAGCUCAGUGUGUACUCAGAGUCCUCAUCAUCACAGAGGACAUGUUAUCAAAUAGCGUCACAGUACGUUUAGAGAACAUGUCUCAAGAGCGGUUCCUGUCUCCACUUUUGACCAGUUUCAUUGAGGGGGUUUCUACGGUAUUGGCAACCCCAAAAGAAGACAUUUUCAUAUUUAAUAUUCAGAAUGACACCGAUGUAGAUGGGUCAAUUCUCAAUGUCAGCUUUUCUGCCCUGGUACCCCAUGGUGACCGUGCUCAGUUCUUCAGUUCGGAAGACCUUCAGGAGCAGCUCUAUAUGAAGAGGAUGACACUGACUUCAGCCUCCAUGCUGGAGGUUCUCCCCUUUGAUGACAACGUAUGCCUGCGAGAGCCCUGUGAGAAUUACAUGAAGUGCAUUUCAGUCCUAAAGUUUGACAGCUCUGCACCUUUCAUUGCCUCGGAGUCUAUUCUUUUUCGGCCCAUUCACCCAAUCACAGGGCUGCGCUGUCGAUGUCCACAAGGAUUCACUGGGGACUACUGUGAGACAGAGAUUAACCUCUGUUAUUCCAACCCAUGCAAGAAUGGAGGAGUCUGCACUAAAAGGGAAGGUGGAUACACCUGUAUUUGUCGAGAGCGUUUCACAGGUGACAGCUGUGAAGUGGACAGCAGAUCAGGACUCUGUGUUCCUGGCAUCUGCAGGAAUGGCGGAACAUGUACCAACCUGGCAGAGGGGGGCUUUACCUGCCAGUGCCCCCCUGGAGGCUUCGAGAAACCCUACUGUGAGCUUUCCACUCGUUCCUUCCCCCCUAAAUCCUUUGUCAUGUUCCGAGGACUCCGCCAAAGGUUUCAUAUGAGCCUGUCUCUCUCUUUUGCAACGAAGGAGAGAAAUGGCCUCUUGUUUUACAACGGGCGUCUGAAUGAAAAGCAUGACUUUAUUGCAGUAGAGAUCCAUGACGGGCAGGUGCAGCUGAAAUAUUCAACAGGUGAAUCAAGCACCCUGGUUGCACCGCUUAUCCCCGGAGGAGUCGCUGAUGGCCAUUGGCACACGGUGCAGCUGCAUUACUACAACAAGCCAAAGACUGGGACCAUGGGAGAAACACAGGGUCCGUCUAAAGAGAAGGUUGCAAUCCUGGCGGUAGAUGACUGCGACAUGUCUGUGGCUCUGAAGUUCGGCAGUGAGAUCCGUAACUACUCUUGUGCAGCAGAAGGAGUCCAGUCCAGCUCUAAAAAGUCUCUGGACCUCACAGGCCCUCUGCUCCUUGGGGGCGUACCCAACUUACCUGAGAACUUCCCAGUGACACACAGAGAGUUUGUUGGCUGCAUGAGGGAUCUGUAUAUUGACAACAAAAAGAUCGACCUGGCAUCCUACAUAGCAAACAAUGGAACAUCUGCUGGGUGCUAUGCAAAGCAGUCAUUUUGUGAUUCAAAUCCAUGUAAAAAUGGCGGCAGCUGCUCGGUGGCCUGGGGAACUUUCUCCUGUGAGUGUCUCAUAGGAUUUGGCGGCAAGGACUGCAGGAUUGCAAUGCACCAGCCAAACUAUUUCAACGGAAGCAGCGCCCUGUCCUGGGACUUAAAGAACGAAGUGAAAAUCUCCAUCCCAUGGUUUCUCGGAUUGGCGUUUAGGACACGAAGGGCUGAUGGGAUAUUGUUUCAGGCCCACGCUGGACAGUAUAAUACUAUCCUGUGCCAGCUUGUCUCUGGCCUGAUUUCAUUCUCUGUUAGCCGUGGAACCAACCAAGUCUCUACCCUCCUUCUGGACCAGAUGCUGGUGAAUGAUGGCAGGUGGCAUGACCUUCUGCUGGAGCUGAGAGAUAUGCGCAGUGGCCGUGAAACACGCUACGCUAUUACCAUCACUCUAGACUUUGGUUCCUAUCAGGACACAGUGACUGUUGGAAAUGAACUACAUGGUUUAAGAGUUAAACAUCUUUAUGUUGGAGGACUCAUGGAAACAAAGGAGGUGCAGAAUGGUUUUGAAGGCUGCAUUCAGGGACUGCGUCUGGGAGAGACUUCAGGUGGGAUCACCUUACCUAAACCAAGCAGUUCCCUGUAUGUAAAGGCCGGCUGCAGCAUUCCUAGUGAAUGUGAUUCCAACCCGUGCCUUGGAAACAGCACCUGUGUGGAUAAGUGGAUGGGUCAUUCCUGUGUCUGUAACCCAGGAUACUUUGGGAAAAAUUGUGUUGACAUAUGUCAGCUGAACCCCUGCGAAAACAAAGGAAUUUGCCGACACCACCAGCGUGCCCCCCAUGGUUACACCUGCGAGUGUGAUGCAAAUCAUUUCGGGCAGUACUGUGAGCACAGGAUGGACCAGCAAUGUCCCAAGGGCUGGUGGGGAAGCCCGAGCUGCGGACCCUGCCACUGUGAUGUGAAUAAAGGUUUUGACCCAGAUUGCAACAAGACAGAUGGGCAGUGUCACUGUAAGGAGUUCCAUUAUCGUCUUAAAGGAACAGAUACAUGUUUGCCUUGUGACUGCUAUCCCAUUGGUUCCUCAUCAAGGUCAUGUGACCAGGAUACUGGCCAGUGUUAUUGUAGGUCUGGAGUAAUUGGGCGCGAGUGUAACAGCUGUGACAAUCCGUUUGCUGAAGUGACACCAAGCGGCUGUGAAGUCAUCUAUGAUGGGUGCCCAAAAAUCUUAACAGCUGGUGUUUGGUGGCCAAGGACCAAGUUUGGACUUCCUGCAGCUGUGCCCUGUCCCAAGGGAUCCAUGGGAGCUGCUAUCCGACACUGUGAUAAUGAGAAGGGCUGGCUGGAGGCCGACUUCUUUAACUGCACCUCACCUGCGUUCCUGGAUCUGUCUACUUUGUUGGACAAUUUGGAGAGAAAUGAAACGGAGCUGAACACAAUCGAGGCCAAGAAGCUGUCGCUGCGCCUGCGCUCGGUGACAGACCAGAUGGAGCAAUACUUCGGGAACGAUGUUCACAUCACUUACCGCCUGCUGUCUCAUCUCAUCCAGUUUGAAAAUAGACAAGAAGGUUUUGGAUUAACUGCCACCCAAGAUGCCCACUUUACAGAGAACCUGCUGAGGUCAGGAAGCUCCGUCCUGAUGCCGAGGAACAAGGAGCACUGGCAGACUCUGCUGCAGAACGAACGUGGCAGUGCUGGCUUUAUGGAGCAGCUGCAGGAAUACACUGGCACACUUGCCAGGAAUAUGAAGCUAACAUACCUCAACCCUGUUGGCCUGGUGACCCCAAAUAUUAUGCUGAAUAUUGAGAGGAUGGAGCAUCCUGUAUCUAUCAGACGGCACUUCCCCAGGUAUCACAGUAAUCUGUUUAGGGGUCAGGUACCUUGGGACCCUCAUACUCAUGUGGUGCUUCCGGAAACAGUCCUCACGCCCCCUAAAGUGGAAGUAUCACCUACUGUCGUCCCAACAACAACCACUGCUGAGAUGAAUGCCACGGCUUGGAUACCGCCUCCAAAGAGAGUUGUGCCAGAGUCAGAGCCAGCAGCAAAUACCAUCAUCAUCAUUAUUUACCGGACGUUGGCUGACUUGCUGCCUGCCCGCUACAGCACAGGAAGGCGCAAUAUUCGGCUUCCUAAGAAUCCAGUAAUGAACUCGCCCAUUGUCAGUGUAUCUGUGCUCAGGAACCAGACCUUUAUCCACGGAGCUUUGGACGCGCCUCUCAUUUUAGAAUUCCGCCUGCUGGAAACUGUUAACCGAAGCAAACCGCUCUGUGUGCAGUGGAACCAGUCUCUCCAACUAGAUGCACCAGGGAGCUGGACAGCAAAGGAUUGCGACUUGGUGUACAGAAACGUCACCCAUGUGCGUUGUGAGUGCUCCCACUUCGGCACUUUUGGGGUGCUUAUGGACAGUUCCCAUCGGGAGCAACUGGAAGGUGAUCUGGAGACUCUGGCAGUGGUCUCCUACGUGUCUCUGUCUCUCUCGCUGGUUGCCCUGCUGGCCACAUUUUCUAUCCUGACGUUUCUGAAAGGUGUGAAGUCCAACACACAAGGCAUCCACUCCAACGUCUGUAUUGCUCUCUUCACUUCAGAGCUGGUUUUUUUAUUGGGUAUCAACCGUACAGAGAGCGAGUUCCUCUGCACUGUGAUUGCCAUCCUGCUGCACUAUUUCUUCUUAUCGACCUUCGCUUGGCUUUUUGUUGAGGGACUUCACAUUUAUCGAAUGCAGACAGAAGUCAGAAAUGUCAACAUUGGCGCCAUGAGGUUCUACCACGCCAUUGGCUGGGGAGUUCCAGCUAUUAUUACUGGUCUCGCUGUAGGGCUCGAUCCUGAAGGUUACGGGAACCCAGAUUUCUGCUGGAUCUCAGUACAUGAUAAGCUUGUCUGGAGUUUCGCAGGACCCAUUGCACUAGUGAUAGUGAUAAACGGAGUCAUGUUCCUCAUUCUGGCCAGACAGGCUUGUUCUCCUGGACAAAAAGAGACCAAAAAGAAAUCUAUUCUCGCCACUUUGCGCAGCUCCUUCGUUCUCCUCCUGUUUAUCGGCACCACCUGGCUGUUCGGGCUGCUGGCUGUAAAUAACAGUAUCCUGGCAUUUCACUACCUCUAUGUUAUAUUAUGCAGCUUGCAGGGCCUGGCUGUUCUAGUCCUUUUCUGUGUGCUGAAUGAAGAGGUGCAGGAAGCCUGGAGAUUGGUUUGUCUUGGCAAGAAGGGGCAGGGAGAGGACACGAGCAGACAGUCGCAGAUGGGGGGGCCAACAACAUAUAAUAACACAGCGCUGUUUGAAGAGAGUGGUCUGAUCCGAAUCACUUUGGGAGCAUCAACUGUGUCCUCGGUUAGCAGCGUACGCUCAGCGCGGACUCAUUCCAGCCACCGAGCCUAUCUCAGAGAUACUAUGGCUUCUCGGCACGGAUCUGCAUUGGAUCACGGGCUACUGAGUCAUCAUUCCGGGCCCACUGACCUUGAUGUAGCCAUGUUUCAUCGGGACGCUGGAGGAGACUCUGACUCAGACAGUGACCUGUCCUUGGAUGAAGAACGCAGUCUGUCUAUUCCUUCAUCAGAGAGCGAGGAAAAUGUCCGACCUCGGGGCAGGUUCCAACGCCAAUUCAAGCGGUCAGCACACAGCGAGAGACUCCUGACGAACCCUUCAAACCACCACCCUAAAGAUGUCGAUGGCAAUGACAUUAUGUCCUACUGGCCGGCCCUUGGGGACAGUGAGAAUCAUCAUAGUUCACUUCAGAAAUGGGGAUCUGAGAGGAGGCUUGGAGCGGACUUCAGUAAAGAUGCUGCCAAUAAUAACCAACCUGAGUUGACCAGUGGCGAUGAGAACUCGCUUACACAUUCCCCCAGGCAGAGAAAAGGUAUUUUGAAAAAUCGCCUUCAAUAUCCUCCAGGUUUGUCCUCCAUGGGCCGGAUGACAAAUGAGUUAUCAUGGUAUAAAACCUCUACUUUGGGCCACAGAGCUGUUCCUGCAGCAUCUUAUGGCAGGAUGUACUCUGGAGCAGGCAGUCUAUCUCAACCAGCCAGCAGAUACUCUUCUCGAGAACAACUUGAUAUGCUGAUGAGGAGACAAAUGUCCAGAGAACAGCUAAACAGGAACAAUUCCCGAGAAUUUCUUGAAGCUGUACCAAGCAGACAUGGGUCCAGAGAGCAACUUGAUACCAUCCCAAGUAGACAUGGUUCAAUAGAGCAUCUAGAGAUGAUUUCAAGCAGACAUGGAUCAAGAGAACAUUUAGAAAGUAUAGCAAGCAGACAUGGAUCUAGAGAACAUUUAGAUCAGUCUGACAUAAAUGGUAGGAGAGAUCACCUAAAUUCAGUGCCUAAAAGGCAUGGUUCUAGAGAAUAUCUAGAUACGUUACCCAACCGAUUUGGGUCCAGAGAGCAGAUUGACCCUGGGCCAGUAAGAGAGUUGUCUCGAGAAUGGAUAAACAGUCUGCCAAAUCGACAAACCUCUAGAGAUCAAAUGGACUCUUUACUAAUUCGACAGACUUCUAGAGAACAGCUAGAUGAUUUUUCGAGAAGCCAGCCUCAAAGGGAACAACUGGUCAGGCAAUCUUCAAGGGAACAAUUGGACUUUUUAUCCAGGAGAUCUAAUUCCAGAGAACAACUGGACACAGUGCCUAGUUCACAUUCACUGAGAGAUAAUAUAGAAUCACUGUCUAGAAGACAACCCUCUAGAGAAAAUUUAGAUUCUCUUUCAAAAAGGCUUCCAUCUAGAGAUAAUCUUGAGCCCCUAUGUAGACAACCUUCCAGAGAAAAUCUGGAAACCAUUCCCAGUCGGCAUCCAUCCACUGAGCAGCUUGAUAUCCUUUCUUCUAUACUUGCUUCAUUUAACACAUCAGUCCUCUCCUCCACUAAUCCUUCAGCCCAGCAACCAGCACCACCAUCUUCAGUACAGAAUCCCUCAACACCCUCUGUGCUGUGCCCGUCUACACCUCAUUCUGCUACAUCACACAGUAUCUCUGAAAUGUCUGCAGAUUCCGAAAAGAGCUCUAAGAAUCUGGGGGUUGGGACACUCCUACGUGCAUUGGGCUGCAAUACAGACUGCCAAGUCCAAGCAAGGAGUAAACCUAGGUUUCAGUACAAAUUCAGUUGGAAUCAGGUGGAUAGGACAGAGAGGGAUGAAAUGGAGACAGUUAAUGGGGGUAGCCCAAGAUUCGAGAAGAAAACGAAGAAGAAGCCUAGUCCUGAGUUUCUCUUGGGUUUGUGCACAGAACCUCUGAUCAUGGAGAAACAGCAGCAGGAAGGUCUGGAGUCGAGGUACCGCGUGGAACGCGCAGUACUUCGCGAAUAUGAGUUGAGAGGAAGUUCACCUAAACCUACAGUCGCAGCGCAGUCCCUUCUCUGUGCAGCUAAAAGGAAACUGAGAUGUUCUGGAGUUGCAGCAAAAUCUUUGUUAUUUCAGUUUCUACCAAUUCUUCAUUGGUUGCCUCGAUAUCCGGUGAAAGAGUGGCUUCCUGGGGACAUUGUCUCUGGUAUUAGUGUGGGGAUCCUACAGCUACCACAAGGCUUGGCAUAUGCCCUUCUAGCCGGCGUGCCCCCUGUUUUUGGGUUGUAUUCCUCUUUUUUCCCUGUGUUUAUUUACUCUUUCUUCGGUACAUCAAAACACGUAUCAGUAGACUCCUGUUGUCUACCUACUCCAGCUUGCUCCUGAAGCUUUGCAGUUGUCUCAAUAAUGGUUGGCAGCGUUACCGAAUCGUUGGCUCCAAAUGAAAAGUUUAUGUUUCCAGGAAAUGAUACGAUUGUAGAUGUAACUGCCAGAGACAGAGCAAGAGUGGAGCUGAUGGUCGCUCUAACACUUAUGGUGGGUUUGUUCCAGGUUCUAUUGGGCAUGGUGCAUUUUGGGUUUGUGGUCACUUACCUCUCAGAACCGCUGGUUCGCGGCUAUACCACUGCAGCUACAAUCCACGUCACAGUAUCUCAGCUCAAGCACGUAUUUGGACUUUCAGUCAGUGAACGAUCUCAGCCGCUGUCUCUGAUUUACGCUAUUAUUACUAUCUGCUCCAAGCUUCCCCAAACAAACAUUGCCUCUCUCAUCAUUGGAUUAAUUGCUAUCAUUGUUCUUCUUACUGUCAAGUAUUUCAGUGAUAAAUACAAAUCGAAGAUCCGUAUGCCCAUCCCGAUUGAGCUCAUAACGUUAAUAGUGGCCACUGGAAUAUCCUAUGGUGUCAACCUAAACAAAAAGUAUGGUGUGGACAUUGUAGGUGACAUCCCAACUGGACUGAAACCCCCAAUGUUACCAAAAGCGGACUUGUUGGCUAUGGUGGUAGGCAAUGCGUUUGCCAUCGCUGUUGUAGUCUAUGCUUUCACCAUCUCAGUGGCCAAAAUGUUUGCUAUUAAACACGGCUACAAUGUGGACAGUAACCAGGAGUUGAUCGCAUUGGGUCUUAGUAACUCUAUAGGAAGCUUUUUCCAGUGUUUUACUAUUGGAACUGCCAUGUCCAGAAGUCUAGUGCAGGAGAGUACAGGAGGAAACAGCCAGGUGGCAGGUGCAGUGUCCUCCUUAGUCAUCCUGGUCAUUAUUCUUAAAGCUGGAGAGCUGUUUGAGACUCUACCAAAAACAAUUCUGUCUGCUGUGGUUGUGGUGAACCUAAAGGGAAUCUUCAAGCAGUUUACAGAUGUGUUCACACUAUGGAGAACAAAUCGUGUUGACCUGCUGGUAUGGUUGGUCACAUUCUGGGCUACAAUACUUCUAAAUCUGGACUUGGGUCUAGCUGUCUCUGUGGCAUUUUCACUCCUUACAGUUAUCUUCAGAACACAACUACCUCACUACUCCAUUCUGGGGCAGAUUUCUAAUACGGAUAUCUACAGAGAUGUGGGUCGGUAUACAGAGGCUAAAGAAAUCCCUGGUGUGAAGAUUUUCCGGUCACCGUGCACUCUUUAUUUUGCAAAUGCAAACUUGUAUGCAGAUGCUGUAAAAAAAAUGUGCGGUGUAGAAGUUGAUAAACUGAUUGAGAUGAAGAAGAAAGCAAUAAAGAAAAAGAAGCAAAUUCAGGAAAAGGCUGAGAAACAGGCAAAGAAAGAAAUGAAGUUAAAGCAGAAAUUCAAUGAAGGAGUGGAGAUGGAAAAUGAACUGAAUUGUAUUACUGUUAACACUGCAGCUGUGGGGGAACCUGAGAGUCCGGUUCCUGCAGUUUAUAAUGGAAAAGAAGAGACAUCUAUGGAAGAUCGGGCCUAUGACAAAGAAUUCUUCCAUUCACUCAUUCUGGAUAUUAGUGCUUUCAGUUUUGUCGAUACAGUCAGCAUAAAAGUUUUACAAAACAUAUUUCGUGAUUUCCAAGAAAUUGAAGUGAAGGUUUAUGUAGCUGGGUGCCCUGAGCCAGUCAUUGAGCAGCUGGAGAUGGGGAACUUUUUCAAUGAAAAAAUCAACAAGGGUCAGUUCUUCUCAUCGAUUCCUGAUGCAGUAGCCUAUAUCACCGGAACUCAUGGUCAGCACAAGCACAGCAACGAAUUGACAAAUACAAAACUGUAAUGGCUCCAGCGGACUUCCUACCCUGAACCCCAAUGUCAGAUUGUCCCUGAGCCGGCAGAACAUACUAGACAAAGCGAGUUCAUCUGUCUGAUUCAUCACGGUUCCUACUGCUGUGUUAUUAUUUUCUCCGUGUUUUUACUUGAACUAUUUUACUAAUAGUGGAGAGGAUAGGGAUAAGAACCACCCUAUGGAGGUGCGCUAAUGAUGAUAAGCAAUGCUUGACAAUCGGUCAGAAUGAUGGCAGCUCUCCCAGAUCAGAUAGAGGUCCUGUAGAUACAGAAAAGAAGGCGCCACAUGGAACAGUAUCGUCAGGUGAAAGAACCAAACACAUCAGACAAAUUCCAACUCGCAUAGGAAGCGGCACUCAUGGUGCCAGAAACAGCAGGCCGGGACCUCUUAGUCGCCCGACAGACUCAACCGCAAUGUACGCAGUCCGAUCACGUGGGUACGUCUCACCAAUCAGAGGCAGCGGAAUCCCAACGCCUUCAGCUAGUGCUACCAAUCAGCAAAGCCAAAUGAGGGUGUGUGUGUGUGUGAGAAGCUCUGCAGUCACUCGUUUCAUCAGCCUGAUGAAACUGCUCUGUGUAGCCGAGAAACGCAUUGCUGUGUUUUACUUGUUUUAAUAAACUUGUUUUAAGCUUUUUAUACCCUUGCUCUGUAUAUUUAACCGUUACUGGUGGUGUUGAGCUGUUCGAGCACUUUAUUGACACGAGUGACUGCCACUUCCUAUGUGAGUUUGAAUUUGUCUGAUGUGUUUUGGUUCUUUCACCUGACGAUACUGUUCCAUGUGGUGCCUUAUUUUCUGUAUCUUUAGGACCUCCAUCUAUUUUACUAAUAAUUAUGCUGAUUUUCAAGUGUUUGAAGAAGGUCAUUUUUAGGUACCUUCAUUUCAUCCAAACACCAACAAGGUCACACACCAGUAUUACUUGUCUUGUUCUUAACAUUCAAUUGUCAUUUUCUGCAAAUAUUUGAGUGCAUACAAUAUGCUCACUCCUGUGUCCAUUUUAAUAAAGAUAUUGUAUUUAAUAGCU